ACCUUUUGUUCUCAGAUCUCUGCUCUUCUCCUCUCCCACCUCCUGGAAAAAGUUUGGCCUGAGACACAGACAGCGGUUUUCUUUCCCCAAAGGCCAGCCAGGAUGCAAGGCACCACCGUCGAGGGGAGAAGCGGGGCUUCGCCGGACAAGGCCGACAAGAGCUCCAACAAAGCGCGGCAGGACCUGCCCGACGGCGGCAUGAAGCAGGAGGCGGCCGGUGGAGGAGACGGAGGCGUCAUCAUCACGGCGGCGUACAACCCGCGAGUGGAGCUCGCCGUGAGGAUCGACAAGCAAGUGCUCCACUGUCCCGUUUGCACCCUCCCCUUCAAGCCCCCCGUCUUUCAGUGCAAAGCGGGGCACCCGGCCUGCGGCGGCUGCGUGGCCCAGCUGCCCUUCAGGCAGUGCAUGGCGUGCGUGGACGGCAGCGGCUUCUUUGACCCCUGCCCUGCGCUGGACGCCGUUGUGUCCUCCACCAGGAUUGGGUGCCCCAACGCCGGCUGCCAGUGGUACAUGACCUACCACGAGGUCGCCGAGCACCAGAAAGCGUGCCCGCACGCGCCCUGCCACUGCACGGAGCCCGGCUGCGGCUAUGUCGGCGCGCCGCAGGCGCUCGCCGGCCACCUCAACACCGUCCACUCGGUGCCGUUGCGCGCCGUGCAGUACGGCAAGGCUAGCCAGCUCCAUCUACCGGUGUCGACCCCGCGGGUUGUCCUCCUCGGCGACGACAACCGCGUGUUCCUCCUGACCGUGGGCGUGCUCGGCGCCGCCGCGGCCGCCGUGUCUGUGGUGUGCGCUAGGGCUAGGGCGGCGACACGCCCCCGGUUCACGUGCAAGAUGUGGGUCAACUGCGGCAAGGAGGACAUGGUGCUGGUGGACAUGCACAUAAGGAGCAGCUCGUCGCCCGGCGCGGUGGCCGCCGCGGAUGAGCCAACGUUCCUGCCGGUGCCGCGGAUGUACCUGGUUCCAGCAGCAGCAGGGGAUGGGGCGUCCAUGGAAGUUCCCCUGCGCAUCCGCAUCGACAAGCUCUCCCCUUGGUCUGACGCUGCUGUGUUGACGGGAAACAAAUGAUGUAGCUGAAACUAUUUGGGUGAUGUUAAUUAGUAGAUGCAGUUCAUCUUUAAUGUCAUUGUUGGGUACUGUAUUUAAAUCGGACGAUAUUAAGCUUGGUGCUAAUCCUGUCGUGAAAUGCAUCAUCUUCG